AAGGAUAUGGGUCAACUACAAAGUGUGAAAAAUUACAAACAACUUCAAAUAACUGGCUCCAGCGCGUGAAAGAGUUAACAAAGCAGCUUCCUAGAAAGGGCUUACGAUUGUGCAGCUGCUACAGGAAGACCAGACCAGGUGCAGCAAAACUGGGAGUUGUAGUCCUCCCCCCCUUCCCUUCGCCAAGAAUGCACAGUAGUUGCAUUAAAAUCACCAUGCAAUGCCUAUGCGUGAGAUUUAGUAGAGCUGUAGCUUCCAUCGCUUUAUCUUAACUCGGAUAAUGAAAGCAACACCCAAGAGGUGAGAAAUUAGGCGCUGCUACAUCUAGGACAAUGAGUGCUGUCCUUAUAGCCAUCUAAAUCCUGAAAGUCUAGCUAUACUCCACACUGGCAAAGAGAGAAGUGAGUGCAAUGGAAAGGGGGGGGGGGGGAAUAAAAAAAAAAAAAAUCUCCGGGUUGUGCAAAAGCUGAUCUCAACUCCAGAAAAGCAAAAUGAAACAAUCUAAAAUAAAAUGUUGCAAAAAUUUCAGAAGAAGCAGCCUUUAUCCAAGAGCAGUGCAAAGUCCAGGAGCAGGUUGAGGGAUGCCAUGCCAAACUGAAGGGGUUUUGUAGCUACUAGCAUCCUAGUAGACGAGCCAGGAGGUUGCUGCUGCUGCUGCUGUAGUCAAGAGGGGGAUCAUCUCUCCAAACCCCCCCUCCUCCUCCUCCUCUUCCUCCUCCACUCCCACCUCCCCCUCGUCCUCCUCCUCCACUCCCAGCCUCUCAGCUAGCUGAUGCCUGCACACAGCACAUACUGAGCCCGGGGAAGAGGACACAACACACUCAACUCUUGCUUCUUCUUGCUGCUGCUGCCGCCGCCGCCGCUUCUUCAUCUUCUUCUUCUUCUUCUUCUGCAUCUUGGAGGUCAUUGCAAACCUGAACUUGAGCUGGACAUUUCCUAGUGACUAAGAACUUUGCAAGAGGAAGGGGGGGGGGGAUUGGCCCACUUUGCUCCCCCCCUAUUGUUUGUGCUGGAGCCUGGCACCAAUCAUUGGCAGGAGGGAGCUAAGAAGGAGGAGGAGCAAGCACAAACUCGCCCCUUGCAAGCAAUGUUUUCCCCUCCUGUCAGCAGUGGGAAAAAUGGACCAACGUCUUUGGCAAGUGGACAUUUUACCGGGCCAAAUGUAGAAGACAGAGGUAACUCAGGUUCCUGGGGGAGCAGUGCACAUCCGAGCCCGUCCCGGAAGCUGUCAUGCAGUGUGCAGGCCAGUGUUCAUCCCCCCCGGAGGUGGCUGCAUAAUUAUGGGGAAGGAGCUCAUUAUGAACACAUGGCAAGCAGGGACCUGACGUCACAUGACAAUCUCUCCCCUCCGUACGUCAAUUCAAGAUUACAAAAUAAAUCAGACAGGACUUCAUAUACGUGUUUCGGGAGAGACUCAGAGAUACAGGGCUGCCAUCAGCAAAGCCUGCUCGGAGGUGACAUGAACAUUGGGAAUUCAGGAGCUCUCUCACCCACAAAGCCUGGCUCACAGUACUAUCAUUAUUCAAGCAAUAACUCCAGGAGGAGGCCUUUUCACAGCAGCUCAAUGGAGGUACAAGCGAAGAAAGUUAGAAAAGUGCCCCCAGGUUUACCCUCCUCAGUUUAUGCCCCAUCAGCAAGCACUGCCGACUACAAUAGGGACUCACCAGGUUAUCCAUCCUCAAAGCCAGCUUCCAGCACUUUCCCUAGUUCCUUCUUCAUGCAAGAUGGUCACCAUAGCAGUGACCCAUGGAGUUCGAGUGGAAUGAACCAAGCAAGUUAUGGAGGGAUGUUGGGCAAUUCUUCUCAUAUUCCACAGUCAACCAGCUACUGCAACUUGCAUCCACAUGACCGUUUGAGCUAUCAAUCACACUCCUCAACGGACAUCAAUUCUAGUCUUCCUCCAAUGUCCACGUUUCACCGGAGCAGCACCAAUCACUAUAACGCCUCUUCCUGUACGCCGCCUGCCAAUGGAACAGAAAGUAUUAUGUCAAACAGAAGCAGCGGACCAGCGGGAAGCUCGCAGACCGGGGAUGCGCUGGGAAAAGCUCUAGCAUCAAUCUAUUCACCUGAUCACACAAACAACAGUUAUUCUUCCAAUCCUUCAACUCCAGUUGGGUCUCCGCCAUCUCUCUCAGCAGGCACAGCUGUUUGGUCAAGAAAUGGCGGACAGACUUCCUCCUCUCCUAACUAUGAAGGCCCCUUGCACUCUCUACAAAGCCGAAUUGAAGACAGAUUGGAAAGAUUAGAUGAUGCAAUUCAUGUAUUAAGGAACCAUGCAGUGGGGCCUUCAACGGCCAUGCCAGGAAGCCACAGCGACAUGCACGGAUUAAUUGGACCAUCUCACAACGGAGCUAUGGGCGGCCUGGGGUCGGGAUAUGGAACUGGCCUUUUGUCAGCAAACAGACAUUCCCUAAUGGUGGGAUCUCACCGAGAAGACAGUCUACGAGGGAAUCACUCACUUGUGCCAAAUCAGGUGUCCGUGCCGCAGUUACCCGUUCAGUCGGCCACAUCGCCAGAUCUAAAUUCCACCCAAGAUCCGUAUCGAGGCAUCCCAACCGGUCUGCAAGGACAGAACUUGUCUCCGGGAAGCUCGGAAAUCAAAUCAGAUGACGAAGGAGAUGAAAAUCUUCAAGACUCGAAAGGAUCUGAAGACAAGAAAUAUGAUGAUGACAAGAAGGAUGGCAAAUCAAUUGCGAGGUCAAGAUCUAGCAAUAACGAUGAUGAGGAUCUGACCCCAGAGCAAAAAGCAGAGAGGGAGAAAGAAAGAAGAAUGGCAAAUAACGCCCGUGAGCGCCUCCGAGUUCGUGACAUCAACGAGGCCUUCAAGGAGCUGGGAAGGAUGGUUCAACUUCACCUUAAGAGCGACAAGCCCCAGACCAAGCUUCUUAUAUUACAUCAAGCUGUAGCCGUGAUUCUUAGCUUAGAGCAGCAAGUCCGAGAAAGAAACCUAAAUCCUAAAGCAGCAUGUCUAAAAAGAAGAGAAGAAGAAAAAGUCUCCUCAGAUCCUUCACCUUUGUCUCUUUCAGGACCCCAUGGUGGAAUGGGGGAUGCAUCCAAUCAUUUGGGACAGAUGUAAAAAGGUCCAAGUUUCUUUUUGCAUUUCUUCAUUUAGGCAGGAAGCCACUUCCUUAACAGCUGUAUUAUCUUAAACCCAUAUAAACAUUUCUCCCCAGACCUUUUUGUAAAGUAAAAUAAGACAAGUCUGAGUAGAUAUAUGCAUUACAGACGCAAGAGGUUUCAGCAUUCCCUACGCUAGAAGAGCGCAUCUCGGAGGAGGACUCUCAACGUAUCCUACAGAAUGUCCGGAGCAGUACGUUCAAGGCUACAGUGACACAGCCUAGACAGUGAAUGGCAAUCUACUCCACGCCGUGGAUCAAUGCAUUUGUGCCUAAACUUUUGAAAAAAAAAAAUAUAAUGAAUUUGUAAGUCUGAAAAAAAAUAUUUAAUUUAAAAUUGUAUACUUGCAAUAAUGAAAAAGUGUACUUCGGGGGGACAAAAAAAAACAAAAUAACAAAAAAAGACAAGUUUUUGUUGAUGUUGAAUUCCACUAGUGUUUAUAUUUUCUGGAGAAAAAAAACUGGGUUAAGCGGGGGUGGGGCUUUGGUGGCCGGAUAUUUACAAAACCAGCAAGUGUCCGAUUUAACAAAAACAAAAAAAAAAAUGAAGUGAUGAUAUUAGCCAUUCCUUUAGGGUAGGAGGAACAGAUGGAUCUAAUAGACCUAUGACAAAUAUAUAAAUAUAUAUAUAAAUAUAUAUUAAAAUGUAGUGCAUAUGGUAAACUUUGGUUCAUUUGUUUUAAAAACAGUUUUUGCUCCUGUAUAAAUAAUAAUGAUGAAUAACUUUUUUAAAAAAAGAGACUUUACUGUAAAUAGUUUUUUUUGUGCGUCUUUUCUGUCCCUUUUAUUUUUUUUUCCUCGUUUUUGUUCUUGUGACUUGUCAUGUGAACUCUGUGGGGGAGGUAAUGCAGGAUAAUACACUAGAGUUGCUUCUCAGUCAUGAAACAGAGUUGUUAUUCCAGUUUAUGGGAAAGCAGGUCUUAAGACACACCAUGUACAUAGUGCAGGCAGCAAAAAAAAAAAAAAAAAAAAAAAGUUAAAAAUAAAUAAAUAAAAAAUGGCAUCUUGAGUUUUGCCAAGCUGCACAUUUGACUCUAUUCUGGGAUUUUUUCAUAGGUACAAGGUUAGAAUGCUACAAAAUGUUACCACUGUGCCUUCCAAUGUUUGUAUCAUCAUAAAAAAAAAUAAUACUUAAAAAAAUGGAAAAAAAAAAUUGUAAGUGGCUGUGAUAUAGCUAAGCAAUUACAAGUGUUAACUACAUAUGUAGCUGAAGCGGUAUGCAACAAGAAUAUAUUUUUUUUUCUGAUGUGGUCGGAAUAUUUGAUAGGUGUCUACUAGGAGAAUUUGUGUGCCCGAUGACCACUUGCUGCCAUUUGUAAAAAAAAAAAUAGCAGUUUCAUGGCCCAAUCUUGGAAGGCGUUAUGACUGGGGGGUGGGCUACCUUUAUGAGUACGCAACCAUCAUCUACAAUUUUUUUUUUCGGUUUUUGUGGGCCAGUACGAAUGUGAUAUGUUUUUGGAUUUUUAAAAUAAUUUUUGCAACAGCUUGGCGUCACUUUCCUUGCCGAUAUUGGCAUGUACUGACCUUGCUACCACUAGAGAUUCUAUCAGAUACAGUAUCAUUUCUAUACUGUCCUCGUCACCAGGCAUUUGCUAGAUUUAUUUUAUUUUUAUUUCCAGCCACACAAACUUGGCGUCUAGUAAACUCUAUCCCUCAUUUUAAGUAGGAUUAUCACCAUGGAAAAAUGCCCUAACAUUGGUCUAAACGUCCAUCUGUUCUCCAGCUAUAUACAUUCAUUUGUAAAUUUUAUGCAACAAAUGACAAAGUAUCAUUAUUUUGAAAUUGUGUAUGUAAAAUUUAUAUUUUUUACAUGUAGACUUGUUAUUAUGUGUUAAUAUGUUGUAUUGGAUUUUUUUUUAUUUUUAUCUGUGUAGUUGACAAAAAAAAAUCAACUUUUAAAUUGAAUUUUCAAAAAUGUUUUCCUUUUUCUUGUGUGCUUUUGUUUCCAUUCAUGAACAAGACUGAAGGUUUCCCUGUCAUCAUUUCAUAUCUUUCAUAUGUAUGAUGAAAAAAUCUGUAAAUAUGUUAAAUGUGGGGAAAAUGAGAUGCCGUCAUCGGUUUUAUACAUUUCUUUUGUAAAUGUGGAGGUGGAUUUAGGGUUGUUUGUACAUUACGCUAUAAAGAAAUCAAUGGGUUUAUCUCCCCUUGCCCUUGAUGUUAUUUCAUUUAACAAAAAAAAAAAUUGAAAAAUAAUAUUGUACGUUGUAUUAUGAUCUUUUUUCCCAUUUUCAAAGGUUAUACCUUGAAUAGUUUAUUCCAACAUAAUAUGGGUU